CGACGCGGAGCCCGCCGGCAGCGCCAGCGCCGGCGCCGCCUCCUCCAGCGCCCUCAUGACAGCGCAAAUCGAGAUCAUCCCGUGCAAGGUGUGCGGAGACAAGAGCAGCGGCGUGCACUAUGGGGUGAUCACGUGCGAAGGCUGCAAGGGCUUCUUUCGGCGGUCGCAGAGCUCCGUCGUCAACUACCAGUGCCCCCGCAACAAGAACUGCGUCGUCGACCGCGUCAACCGCAACCGCUGCCAGUACUGCCGCCUCCAGAAAUGUCUUCGCCUUGGCAUGUCCAGGGAUGCGGUGAAAUUUGGGCGCAUGUCGAAGAAGCAGCGCGAGAAGGUGGAGGACGAGGUGCGCUUCCACCGCGCGCAGUUGCGUGCGCAGACGGAGACGGCACCAGACAGCUCUGUCUUUGACCAGCAGACGCCUUCCUCUUCCGACCAGCUGCAGUCUGCCUACAAUGGCAGUUACUCAUAUAACAAUGAUCUGAGCAGCUACACACCUGCAGCAAGCUACACCUAUACGCCAGCACCAGUACAAGCAAUGACAUAUGAUAUUAGUGCAGACUAUGUUGACAGCACGACCGCAUAUGAUCCUCGCCCAGGCACACAAAGUCUUGAGCUAGCAACUGAUAGUGGGAUUGUGGCUAGUGUUAGCACAGCAGGAGGGAAGACGCCGAUAGGGUCCGGGGCUGGCGCCGGCGGAGCCGGCACGCCCCAUGCAGCGCUGCGGGUGGGCAGCGGCGGGGGUUUGGUGGCGGUCAAGCAAGAGGCUGCACCUGUUGCAGCUGCCUCUGUCGAAAACUUGGUGGCGGGCUUUGUAGAUAGCACAACGUUCCUGACAGCCUCCUCCUCCUCGUCACCUGGCGGCGGUGCCCACGAGCACCAUGUGCACCAGGAGCCCACAACCGUCCACCCCAAUCCUGCCCAGAUCUCAGAGUUGCUAAGCAAGACGAUAGCAGAUGCACAUGCGAGAACAUGUUUAUACACUAUAGAACAUAUCCAUGAAAUGUUCCGAAAGCCACAGGAUAUGUCAAAAAUAAUGUAUUACAAAAACAUGGCACAUGAGGAACUGUGGCUAGAGUGUGCUCAGAAAUUAACAACAGUUAUUCAGCAAAUCAUUGAAUUUGCAAAAAUGGUGCCUGGUUUUAUGAAACUCUCACAGGAUGAUCAAAUUGUGCUUCUUAAAGCAGGUAGUUUUGAGCUUGCUGUGUUACGGAUGAGUCGAUAUUAUGAUCUAAGUCAAAAUAGUGUACUCUAUUCUGACACAAUGCUGCCACAAGAUGCCUUCUAUACUAAUGAGACUGCUGAAAUGAAGCUGGUGACAUGUGUGUUUGAAUUUGCAAAAAGUGUAGCUGAACUGAAGUUAACAGAAACAGAACUGGCAUUAUAUUCAGCAUGCAUUCUGCUUUCAACAGAUCGCCCAGGCCUUAAAGGUUUGGCUGAAAUCAGCCGACUGAGUCAAGCAGUGUUGAGAGCACUGCGCUUAGAGUUGGAUCGGAAUCAUGCUGUGCCCAUCAAGGGAGAUGUCACUGUCUGUGAUGCUAUGCUCGCCAAGAUAGCCACACUCAGGGAAUUAAGCAUGUUGCAUAUGGAUGCACUCGCCAAAUUCAAGAGAUCUACACCACAUCUUGAGUUUCCAGCUUUACAUAAGGAACUCUUUUCUGUUGACAGCUGAGUUCACUGCAGCAGAAGCUCAGCUAAGGUAACCUUCCAGACCCUUUUUCAUCACCUGCAGCUGUCAGCAGCUAUGGAGAAGCAGUCUUUCCACUCCCGUUAUUGUCACGGGGACCCUCUUGUUAUUUACAAUGAGUUCAACUGAUGAAUAAAAGACAUCAUUUUCUGUGGGGAGUAUGUUACUGCAGUGAUUCUUUUGCAACAAAGGAGACUUUCUGAGUGUUCAAAAAUAGGUGAAUGGCAUUGAAAUGUCACAUUUAUUUUUAAAAUUAUGGCUCAAGGGUGAGUGUUUUGUGUUAUUUGCUGUGUUGGUCCAGACAUGCUUAAUGAGCAAUGAUGUGGAAUAUAAGGAUAAAGCAAUGUUAGAGUUUUGCUUAAAACAGACUUUUAAUAUGUGGAAUUGCAAUGCUGAAAGGAUUUCUUUACACAGAACUUGAGACAUUUAGGUCCACUCCUUUUUUUCAAUUUCUGUGUUUAUUUUCACAUAGCAUGUAUGCCAAAAUGCUUUGCAGUGGUUAU